AGUGUGGAAAAGAUUCCUUCGUCCCCAGCCUUGUAUUAUGACAGCAAUGGCAAGGUACAGAUCUACAGUGUGACGUGGAAAUUCGUGAGUUAUAUUCAUUUAGGAGAACUCCAAGCUAAAGCUGAUGAAACAGAGAGAUUUGCACAUUUGUCUAUAAGUUAUUGUAAACGGAAAUUAACCAGUCUGAGAAUUGGUGAUCGGGAAUGCACGGCAGUGGAACAGGCUUUACAAUCGCAUGUUCGAAAAAUACGAAUUGCACAAGGUCUAAAUGGGCAAUUAACAAGGCAUGAGACACUUAGAAAAAGAGGUGUCUUGAAUUUUGUGGAAGAAAUCAGUAAAAUUCUGUUUGGAACCUUAGACGAACAGGAUGCCUCGAUUUUCAAAUCAAAGAUUGGUUUAACUGAAAGCGAACAGAGGCAGCUGCUUAAGCUGACAAAAGAGCAAGUUACCGUAGUCAAAGCCACUUUGACAAGUUUCAAUCACACAGUAUCUAGCCUUGCACGUAACGAAGAAAUUAUUGUCAAGAACAUGGAGAAACUUCAUAGACACAUGAAUGAAUAUGCUAAUAGCACAGAUCAAAAAAUACAACACUUAGCUGUUCUUACUACCAUUAACGAACAACUCAUACAGUUGGUAUCAAUAUUUAUGGAAUCAGAACGGGAAUACGAGUUGUUAAUUGCCGCAAUUGUAAAUGCACAAAAAGGAAUACUGGAACCUCAUAUAAUUAAUCCAGUUCAAAUAGUUAAAUACUUACAAUUAAUUCGAGGUGACAUUAAAGAUAAGAAGUUCCCAACUGCGCUCACAGAACGGAGUGGGAACCAGCUGCUACGCACAAUUGAUGUUGAUCCUUUCUUGUCAGGCAAUAUACUAAGUUAUGUACUAAAUGUUCCAUUAGUGGAAAAUGAGUUGUUCAAUUUAUGCAAAGCGUUACCUUUACCUUCAGAAGUUGAUGGAAAUCAGAAUUUAUUCAAUGCUCAGAGCCAUUUGAACCAUCAAUGGUUGUUCGUUGCCCCGAAAGAGGAAGGGUUGACAGUUUUGUGUAACGAUAACAAGCCCACAGAUGUACUAGUAAAAGAACAAAGAAACGUAUCGGAGCUGAAGUCAGACAUGCCGUUAGAGCAUGUAGUAAAGCAUCUAGACGACCUCAAGGUCAAUUGUCAUAAGAUAGCCGAAAUAGAGGAAGAGACAGCAUUCCAAGAACAGCACAGUUUCUCGGAAAUCUCUUGGUAUCACCUUCUAUCACAGUGGGGUCCUACAUCAUUGCAGCACUGCUUUCCUCGUUUGCAGGUAUGA